AUGCAAACAUCAGCAACCUCCACCACCACCAAUCCAAACAUAGGCUCGGAUAUAAAUCCAGACCACUUCCAUGCUCUGAUUUAUUCCCUUAUUUCCGUGAGCACAGCGAGUGUAGUAGGAAUGGGUAAGUGCUCUAUGUUAUAUCGCCGAGAGUCAUGUCUGAUCGAAUGCGAAGGAAGGACACUACCGGCCCCGAUACCAUGCAUGGUCUGCGGCGACAGAAGCUACGGAAAACAUUACGGAGUCUACUGCUGCGACGGAUGUUCCUGCUUCUUCAAACGCAGCAUACGAAGAAACAUAAUAUACACCUGCAUCUCUGGAGAUGGAAGAUGCGUUGUGGAUAAAGCGAGAAGGAAUUGGUGUCCUUACUGCCGGCUCCAAAGGUGUUUCUCCGUGCAAAUGAAUACAGCAGCUGUGCAGGAAGAACGAGGUCCUAGAAAACCAAAAUUCCAAGGUUUGCAGAACCAUCGAUUCCCUGCAAAAUCCAUAUCCGAUCCUAUUUUAAUGAACCCGCAGCACGAACUCGCAGCUCAGAUCCUUCUGGUCUCUGUGAAGCAAGCCCGAAAGAGUUCGACCUUCGGCUGCCUGACUAAAGACUCCCAAAACACGAUAUUAUCCCACCUCUGGAGUCCACUUUUCAUCUUAAGGGCGAGCCAAUGGCCCACGGAGAUUCAAAUGGGAGACAUAAAAUGCACUGUGAACGCUUUGAAGAAGAUGAAAAUAGAUUGCAACGAAAUCGAUUUUCUGGAAAGUCUUUUGCUUUGCCGACGUGACCUCCUGAAAGACCCGACACAAAUCUCUUUGAUCGAAAAGAUGUUGGAGAAAUUGAUCGAAGGCUUCACGGGUAAGGUGAAUUCAAAUAGAAUCUGCAAUCUGCUAAUGGCUUUACCCAUGUUGUUUUCUCCGGACGCAAACACGAUAAAUUCCGUCCUUUUCCAACCAAUCAUCGGUCUAAUACCUAUAGAAACUGUAAUAGCUACAAUUUAA